AUGCCCCCCCGCGCGAGCUCACCGGCGCUCUCCGAAACCGAAUUCGACAUAUUCGAUGCCCUAGCCGGCGGCGACGACAUUCAGCAAGAGACGGGCUUGAACGCAGAUCUGGGCUUGGAUCUUGGUGUUGGAGACGACGACGGGUCCGAUGACGAAGCCUUUAUCGCCGCGAAGCAGGCCGCCUCCAAUCGCAAAGCCUCCAAUGUGGGCAAGACGGUCAAGAAAGGCGGAGGCUUCCAGGCCAUGGGCCUGAAUGCGGCGCUUCUGAAGGCAAUCACACAGAAGGGUUUCAAGAUUCCAACUCCGAUUCAGCGCAAGGCAGUGCCGCUGAUUCUUCAGGGCGAGGAUGUGGUCGGAAUGGCCAGGACUGGUUCUGGAAAGACGGCCGCCUUCGUCAUACCCAUGAUCCAGAAGCUCAAGGCGCAUUCUGCAAAAGUAGGCGCGCGAGGAAUCAUCAUGUCGCCGUCCCGCGAGCUUGCGCUGCAGACUUUGAAGGUAGUCAAAGAAAUGGGCCGCGGCACCGACCUAAGAACCAUUUUGCUUGUCGGUGGUGACAGUCUAGAAGAACAAUUCAGCUCCAUGACCACAAAUCCCGACAUCAUUAUCGCAACUCCUGGGCGUUUCCUGCAUUUGAAGGUUGAAAUGGGGCUUGACCUGUCCUCUGUCAAGUACAUUGUUUUUGACGAAGCCGAUCGGUUGUUCGAGAUGGGGUUUGCCGCACAACUCUCGGAAAUCUUGUAUGCGUUACCCGCCUCGAGGCAAACACUCUUGUUUAGUGCCACGUUGCCAAAGUCACUGGUGGAAUUCGCCAGGGCAGGUUUGCAAGAGCCCAAGCUGAUACGUCUGGAUGCUGAGAGCAAGAUCUCGCCAGACCUCAAGAGUGCUUACUUUACCAUAAAGUCGGGCGAUCGAGAUGGAGCACUGCUUUACCUCCUCGAAAAUGUCAUCAAGGUCCCCGUAGGCGAAACCGACGCUGCAAAGAAAGCCCGGGAAGAGCAGGAGAGGCCCAGUAACAGUAAGAAGCGGAAGCGCAGUGAGGCUUUCGUCAAAGAUGUUCCCGUCGAUGAGUCCACAAUCAUCUUUGCCGCGACCAAACACAGGGUAGAGUAUCUGGCCAACCUUCUUCGCAACCUAGGAUACGCUAUAUCGUACGUGUACGGUAAUCUCGACCAGACCGCUCGAAAAGAGCAGAUUCAGGACUUCCGAACUGGAUUGACGCGCAUCCUUGUCGUUACAGACGUCGCCGCGCGUGGUGUUGACAUGCCUCACAUCAACCAUGUGAUAAACUACGACUUCCCUUCACAGCCUAAGAUCUUCGUCCACCGAGUUGGACGUACAGCUCGUGCUGGUAGAAAGGGCUGGGCCUACAGUCUAUGCAGACAUGUUGACCUACCUUACCUCAUAGACCUACAGCUCUUCCUUGGCAAGCGGUUGCUUCUAGGGAGGACGAGUGAUGAGCCCAACUAUGCAGAUGAUUUUGUCAUUGGGAGUCUGUCGCCGUGGCAACUGGAGAGUUCUGUUGAGCAAGUCAACAGACAACUCAGCGAAGACGAAGACGUCGCGCUUCUACUGAGUGUAGCAGAAAAGGGUGAGCGACAAUACCAGCGCACACGCAACCAAGCCAGCGCACAAAGCGUGACGCGAGCCAAAGAGCUCGCAGCCUCUCCUAACUUUGCUGAAACGCACAUGCUUUUCAACGACGACACGCAUAACGCACAGAGAGAAAAGGAGGACAUGCUUGCGCGGAUCCAGUCCUUCAGGCCGGCAGAAACCGUCUUUGAGAUUGGCAAGCGCGGAGUCCACAGCGAAACCGCUGAGAUUAUGCGCAAAAGACGAGAGCAGGUUGAACGGCAAAAGGCCAAGCAAGCGGCUAACAAAACGGCCGAAGAUGAUAUUGACACAGCUCCUGCUUCUUCGAGAGAAGCAAAGGACGAUGCCGCAUCUUCGGAAGAUGAAGCUGAAGUUGCAGAGGGCAUGUACGAUUCAGACUCUGACGAGCUCGAGGUGUCUGUGUCACAGCCCACGUCGAAGAAGGCCAAGCAAGACAGUUGGAGGAACGACGACUUCUUCAUGUCGUAUACGCCCAAGGAGAACCUAGCCGAGGAAAAGGCGUACGGCGUGAGCGGCGGCGACGCAGGCAACACCAACUUUGUGUCUGCGGCGCGGGCGGCCGAGAUGUCGCUCGUGAACGACGAGAUUCAAGGGUUUGCAGACGCAGCCAAGUCCAAGAUGCGGUGGGACAAGAAGUCGAAAAAGUACGUCAAUCGCACCAACGACGACGACGGGUCCAAGGGGGCCAAGAUGAUCCGCGGCGAAAGCGGGCAAAAGAUUGCAGCCAGCUUCCGCAGUGGGCGCUUCGACGACUGGCGUAAAGCAAACAAGGUCAAGAUGCCGCGCGUGGGCGAAAUGGAAGCCCCCAACCGCUCUGCCGCCAGCUUCAACAACGCCCCUCGCUACAAGCACAAAUCGGAAAAGGCGCCCAAGCAGGCUGAUCGGUACCGCGACGACUAUCAUGUCCAGAAGAAGCGCGUAGCAGAGGCCAAGGAGAAGCGCAUUGGCGCCUUCAAAGACGGAAACGCAAAGAACGAACUUCGCGACGUCGACGCCGUCCGCAAGAACCGCAGGAUCCAGGAAAAUCGCCGAGCAAAGAAUGCUCGCCCCUCCAAAAAGCGCAAGCUUUGA